AUGCGUCUUGGUGACCACUUGACUUUUUUAAAUGAAGAUAAGCUACCCACUUUACCAGUGCCUCCAUUGGAGUCCACCGUAGUGCAAGCCUUGGCUGCUUUGAAACCCAUCAUCCCCUACGAAGAAUAUGAGGCAGUGUUGGACGAAGCAAGCGAGUUUUUGGAACACGAAGUCAUACAAUUGAUACAACAACACCUCGUUGCCAUUGGUGAAAACCCAAAGGCACACAAUAACUACUUGGACGUUGUCAAUAACCACAUGACCCCGGCAAUCUAUAGCGUGAGCAAAUCUGAUAUCUUGCCCAAAAACCCAUACUUGAUUUUGGAAGAAGACCCAUACUCAAAAACAAUACACCCACCCAACCAAGCUGAACGAUCAGCAAACUUGAUCAAUUCAACUUUAAAGUUUAUCAUUACUGUGCGAAACGGCACCUUGAAACCAGACGUUACUCCCAAAAAUGGAACACCCUUGACCAUGUCCUGCUAUCGAAACUUGUUUGGUACCGCUAGAAUACCAGACUUUGACGGCAACUCUUCAGACAUUACAAUGACAAAAUAUAAGGAUAUAAAUGACUCGAGACACAUUUUGAUCAUCUCCAAUAACCAAUUUUACAAAUUAGAUGUGAUUGGCGAAUACACAGAGGAGGAAUACGCUGAAACCAAAUCAAAACACAAGAUUUUGUUCCAUGACCACGAAUUGGCAGAUAUUUUUCAAAGAAUUAUUGAUGCAUCCGAUGUCGUUGACUCUGUAGAAUCAAUCAAUAAUGCAAUUGGAUCAAUUACCUCGCAAAACUUGAAGAAUUGGAAAGAAGCUAGAUUUGAAUUGGAACAGUCAAAUGCAGAACAAAUGAAGUUGAUUGAUGAUGCGUUGCUUGUAUUGGUACUUGACUCAAACUCACCACAAAAUGACCAAGAAAAAACUAUGGUUAUCUCACACGGUACUACUGUGUUGAAUGACCUUAAUGUCCAAGUUGGAACUUGUACUUCAAGAUGGUAUGACAAGUUGCAAUUGGUGGUUACUAGAAACUCGGUUGCCGGUGUCGUUUGGGAAUCUUUAACAAUGGAUAGCACGGCAAUUUUGAGAUUUAUCAGCGAUAUUUAUACCGACUCGGUGUUGAAAUUAGCCAAGAAUAUCAAUGGAUCUGAAUACACCUUGUUUGAUCCAAAUGUUGCUUAUGUUUCAUCAUUAGAAACUAAACCAGAAGCUGAAUUGAUUUUAUUCAAUAUCUCAAACGAAUUGCAACAUAUUAUUCACCUUUCGGAAACUCACUUGGCAGAUCUUAUUGCCCAACACGAAUACAAAACCCAUACAAUCAAGUUGCAAACGAGACUAGCUGCCAAGUUUGAUUUAUCUGUAGAUUCAAUAAUGCAAAUUUGUUUUCAAAUUGCAAACUAUUCCCUUUAUGGAAGAAUGGUUAAUACCUUGGAACCAAUCACCACUAGAAAAUUUAAAGAUGCAAGAACAGAGUUGAUUCCAAUUCAAAAUGACUCAAUUGCUACCUUGUGCAAACUCUACAUAACCAGCGCCGAUGCUGAUGAAAAGUUUGAAUUGUUUAAAAGGUGUUGCGAAUUGCACAAGAAACAGUACCAAGAUGCUAUGCUCGGCAAAGGUUUUGAAAGACACUUUAUGUCGAUUGUACAAAUAUUGAAGAAGCCAGAAUGUGCACAAAGGUUGAAUGCCAUAAAUACUCAUUUACCACCAAUACCCGAUUUAGCAGGUGACCAGAUUAGACUCCCACUUUUGUUCAACUCAUGUAUUGACACAUUGCUGAGACCAGAGUUGUUGAUUUCCAAUUGUGGUAACCCCGCAUUGAGAUUGUUUGGUAUCCCACCUGCAAUUGACCAAGGUUUUGGAAUUGCAUACAUUAUCCACCACGAUAAGAUUAAGCUCACUGUGUGCUCCAAGCAUAGACAAACUGAUAGGCUUUUGGACACUUUUCACCGGGUUGUACACGACUUGAAGGUUAAUUUGAGAUCUAGGACCUCAUCUGUGACAAUGGCCCUUACAGACUCGCAGCAAAGAAGGUUGGAGCUUCAAAAGUUACGCGUGGAGCAUGAAUUGAGCAAAACUUCAUUGGAUACACCAACAACACAUCCUAUUCAAUUGGAUUUUGAUAACGAUGCGUCAGCUGUGGAUGUGACCAAGCGUGCCAAAGAGGUAUCCAAUGGCGAUACAUUACCUCCUCCAGCUGCAUCCGCAUCCGCAGCUUCUGGUUCCUCGAUUCCCAUCAAGGUGGGACCACAAACUAAACCAGGUAGAGGAAACAGAAGAAAGGACUCAUCCUCCGACGACAACGAUGACGAUGCAGAGGAUGCAGAGUUUGAAUUGAUGGGUGGGUAUGGCUAUUUUGAUUAUGGAAAUUUGGAUCUUCGCCCUACAGAGGAACUCUUGAGAUCACACAUGUCUUCGCAUUUCAAUAGUCAAGUGCAUUCGAAUAUCUCUAGUGCUUUAUCGUCAAGACACCAUUCGCAAACAAAUUUGAACAAGAUGGACAAGCUGGACAAGAAUGGGUUGUUUUCGUCUCCUUAUGAUUUGAAGCAAAAAGCCACACUUUCCGACAGGAUUAGAUCUCAAUUGUCCCACAGCGCAGAUUCACUUGCACGCACACAUUCAAAUUUGGCGAUGAGCACACCUCUGGAGAGUCAGCCAGUUAAAGUACAAGUUGGUAGUGAAGAUGAAGCAGAGGCGGAUUCAAAGCCGGAACGCGAAGAAGAACAAGGUGAAGGGCACGAAGAAGAUCACGAGGGAGAGCACGAAGAAGUUAAAAUGACAUAUGUGCUGCCCUUUGUCAACAAGAGCACGAUUGGCAGAAGACUCGACAUUUCACACUAUCAUUGA